AUGUCAAACAAUAAUAACAACAAUACCAACCUCCUCUCAAUCCUCACAUCCCUGUUCAAACUCUGUUGCGGAUCCACAUCCGAACCAUCUCCUCCCCAACAACAGCAGCAACAACAAGGUUAUCAAGCAUAUCCAGGACAAUAUCAACAACAGCAACAGGCUUAUCCACCUCAACAACAACCUAGUUGGGCUAAUGUCGCUGGUGGACAAGGUCAACAGGGGUACCAGCAAUAUCAUCCCAAUCAACAGCAGCAAAACUACCAACAUCAACAGCAGCAAUAUCCUCCCAUCCAACAGCAGCAGCAACAUCAGCAGCAACAAUGGCAAGCUAACGGUCAUGGUUUGAGUAAACCUCAUUCACCUCCUGGAGGCGUCGUUGGUCCACACCAUCCUGCUCAGAACCAAGAUCAAGUCAACGCUACGAACCAACGAUACACGGAUUUGAGGGAUCGAGCAAGGAAGGAAGGUGAUGAAGCUCAUCGAUGUUUUGCAGAAUCUCAAGCGGCUUAUCAAUCAGGAGACGGUGCUCGAGCUCACGAAUUAUCAGUACAAGGUAAAUCUCAUCAAAGGAGACAGGAUGAAUUGGAUGAUGAAGCCAGUGCAUGGAUAUUCAAUGAAAACAACAAAUCCUCUCCUUCCGAUACGAUCGAUCUUCACGGUCUAUACGUCAAAGAAGCUAUCGAACGUGUCGAAUCCGCCAUUACUACCUCUCAGCGUAAUGGGUCCGACGAGCUGAGAGUGAUAGUAGGUAAAGGUAUUCAUUCUCAGGGGGGUAAGGCGAAGAUCAAACCUGCAGUGGAAGGAUUGAUGGUGAAGUACAACCUAACAGCCCAUGUGGACCCUUCCAACGCCGGUGUGCUCAUCGUAGAUCUACAAGGCCGAACGGGCGGACAGAGAUCAAGGGAUGCCGGUGGAUUGGUGGAUGAGUUGGACAAGGACGAUGAGGGAUGUAAGAUCAUGUAA